AGGAAUCUAUUUUGCGCCCUCAAAUAUUACUCGCAUAAACAAUGUCGUCGAAGCGUAAAUCACCGCCCAACAAACUGUCCAACGCCGGAUCCCCACCGUCCCCAACGGCGGGAGGCGUCCAAAUCGAGAAGAACAAUUUCCGCAAAAUCUCGCUCAAAAACGAGGACCUGAUCAAAUCGUCCCCGGUAAAGGAACUAAACUGCGCCUUCGACGCCAGUUUCCUCUCGAUGCAGAAGAUGCAAGCCCAGAUGGAACCGAAAUUUGUCAAAAAUGAACACAGUGAGUACAUUAUGAGCCACAAUCAUGCACAGCACCAGCAGCAGCAUCACCACGCCCACCACCACCAAGGUGGACAUCAUCCGUUUGGGGGAUUCGGAGCGGGCAUUCCGGGUGGACUGCAUCCGGGGUUCGCAAUGGACGGAGAACUCCACCAUUUGCCAUUUUUGAACGUUGCGAGUUAUAUAUUGAAGGGAUCGGAUCCUCCGCUGGGCAAGAACGAGAACUACCAUCUGGCGAUGAAUUUGGAUAACUUGAACAUCUCUAACAGCCAACAGCAGGACAUGAUGGCGCAGCAGGCUGCGCCUAGAAAAGUGAACAACUUGAUUCUGAACCAUUUGAAGUCGAUCGUGGAUAACUUUGAUAGCUUGAAUAACAAUGUCAAUGAUAAAAGUACAACUACUCCGCCACCAGUGGCAAUUCCGCAGCAACAGCCUCCUCUAGGUGUCAGCAAAAACAUCCCUCUGGACGACUCCGGACUCCCACCGCAAUCAGGGGUCCCACUGAUGAACAACCACAACUCGGACAAAGGCAACUACGAGGGUUUCCGUUCGCGAAUGGACGAACGCCUCAGCAAUCUGCAUCUAAGCAAGCGGGAAAUCAACUUGAUGCGCCUGAAUCUCAGCCUGCUAGAUUUCCCCAACGAGAUUCCACCGAGUUUGUUGAACAGUCGCCAUAACAACUACGAUCAACGCGCGUCGCCACAUGGUGGCCCGGAUGAUCCCAACUGUAGCACUUCGCAGAACAAUGCGAACAUCAAACUAAUCAAAAGAAGCUUCAAGGAGUCCCUGUACGAAAAGGAGAAGAACAUCAACCGUCUCAUCAUGUACUUCACCAUCUGGCGCGAGAUGCUUCUGAAGGCGGAGUUUGUAAGGCUAACUAGAUGCUGUCGCAGCAAGCCCGCAGCUAACGCAGCGCAGCCACCUGGCAAUGGAUUAAAACAGCGUGAUACCGCGAACAAUGCCGAGAACAAAAAGUACAAAUUUAACAACACUUCCAAAUCAAAUCUGGAAACAUCCGGGCUCCAACCGCCCAGCUCAACAGUCGUCAGCACUCCUUCUCAGCAUGCAUCGCCGACGGCCACCGGUUCCGGUACCAACCUCAGAGCAUCACUUCAACCGAGCAUCACUCCGACCACUUCCGUUACACCACCGGAUUGCGGCACUCCUCUUGGCGAAGAUUUGAACGACCCGACGGAGAACUGCAUCCAGAGAUAUCGGAACGUGUUCCAGGCCAUAUCUUCGACAAGGCCGGACGUUGUCCCUGGGCGGGAGAUUCCUCGUAAGAACAACCGGAAACGUCCACCGAGCUAUCCGGACGAUCUGUUGCUGGGCAAGUCCUCGCCUGUAGAUCUGCGGUCUGGUCCGACGACCCCUUCGUACGAGAUCGACUACGACAACGGGAAGAAGGAAGACCAAAGAUAUCUGAAGGACGACGCCCCGAUCAACUUGAGCAAGCGGAAGUGCGACUACCGGGAGAGUCCGGUACCGGAGUUGCACAACGGAAGUAAACUUCCGGCUAGUCUAUUCAACCACUGUGAUCCGGAUGAUCUGAGUCAGCGGAUGGACAGUGGCGGCGGAUUGUCCAUGCUGGACAAGGAGGCCGAAAAGUAUUUGCUCAAACCCAAGAGGGAACGUCUCGAUCCGGAACCGAGUCUCUUCGACUACAAACCGGAUGUGCUCAAGCCCAAGCUCAGUCUCUAUCAAUCUCCGAGUCCCCAUCAUAGUCCUGAGUCGGAGAAGCAACAGAUGCUCAGCGACGCCGGCUACGGAUUACCGCAGCCAUUCUUCAUCAAGAACCCCGACGCCCACGGAAGCCCGAUUCAACCACCGGGACUUCCGGUGCCAUUCAAUAGUAGUGCCAUGCUGGACAACAUGAACCGGCACCUGAUGAGACAGCAACAGCAGAUGAACGCCAGUGUCCCGACCGGAGGUAGCAGCAAGAAGGACAAGUCCGGCAACCAGAUGGCCAUGGAUUUGAACGCUGCAGAUCUGAACUCUUCACGGCGAUCCGGAUCGGACAAGAACCACAUCAAGCGACCGAUGAAUGCGUUCAUGGUCUGGGCCAAGGACGAGCGCCGGAAGAUCUUGAAGGCCUGUCCGGACAUGCACAACUCGAACAUUUCCAAGAUCCUGGGGGCACGCUGGAAGGCGAUGACCAACCUGGAGAAGCAACCGUACUACGAGGAGCAGGCCAAACUCUCCAAGCAGCACAUGGAGAAGCACCCGGACUACCGGUACCGGCCACGACCCAAGCGAACCUGCAUCAUCGACGGCAAGAAGAUGCGGAUCUCCGAAUACAAAGUGUUGAUGAAGAGCCGACGGCAGGAGAUCCGACAGUUCUGGACGCGGGACUACGACGGAUCGAGUGAUCAGGGCUAUCCGCCCGAGAAGCCCACCGGGAAGAUCAUCAAGAACGAGGCCAUGUGAGAGGAGGCGGCUCCGGGUUGGGAACUGGGGCCCUUUGGGAUGUGAACUGUUGGAUGUCGGAUGGGGAUUAUAGGGGAAUGGGGGGAUAAAUGGAAUUCUAUUAUCAGGAAAAUAAAUAUUUGGAGGGAGA